AUGUCAUUCGAUAGAGUCGCUGUUUUCCCUGCCUCUGGCGGUAUUGGUGGCAGCACUGUCAAGCAUCUUUUACCUCGACUUCCGUCCGAAAAUCUUACCUUCGUCGCUCGUCAUCCCGAGAAAUUGAGUGACGCUUCUUCUGCCGGUGCAAAAGUUCGUCAUGCGGACUAUGACGAUGAUGACACCCUUUCGCGUGCUUUUGAUGGUGUGGAUACUCUGUUCUUGAUCUCAUAUCCUUCAGUCGAGCAUGAGCACAGAUCGGAGCGUCAUCGGGUUGCCAUUGACUUUGCGAUUCGUAGCGGAGUUAAGCAUAUCUUCUAUGGCUCUCUAGGAUAUGGUGGCAAGCCAGAGAACAAAGCCUCCGUGGCUCACGUUAUGCAAGCUCAUCUGGAUACAGAGAAGUAUCUAGAACAUUUGUCCCAGACGAAUAAGGACUUUGGAUACACGGUGGUCCGCGAAGGCCUGUACUCCGAGUCGUACCCUCUCUAUACCGCCUUUUUUGACCCGCAGAACCCGGUCAGUGAGAUUAAGAUCCCACAUGACGGAUCUGGGCCCGGUAUUGCCUGGGUCAAGCGUGAAGAGCUGGGCGAGGGCACUGCUGAGCUUCUAAAAAGAUUUGUCAAAGAUCCGAAGAGCUUCCCAUAUCUUCAGAAGUCCGUUUUGCUCUCCGGAAGCCGGGUGGUGUCUUUGAAGGAGUCAGUGGACAUUCUGGGCAAAGUGGCCAACCUACCUGUCAAGAUCCACCAGGUCUCCGAAGAUGAAUUUGCUGCACAGCCUCAGGUCAAGCCGAACUUCCUCUAUCAUGGAGUCGAUCACUCCAAGGUGUGGACGACAACCUUUGAAGCCUUCCGUCGAGGUGAGGCAGCAUACGCAUCACCUCUCCUUGGGGAGCUUUUGGGCCGUGAACCUGAAGAUUUCCAGACUACAGUGAGCAACUCGUAG